AUGUCGUCCGCUGAAGAGGAUUCCAACGACGCUCGCGACGCGAAGAAACGCAAGGUGCAGCGAGCCUGCGAUGUAUGUCGGCGCAAGAAAGUCCGUUGCGAUGGUGGCUCAAUGCCUGGAAACCGAUGUUCGAACUGUAUCGCGUACAACUUGGAUUGCACUUAUGUCGAGGCGGCCAAGAAACGCGGCCCUCCCAAAGGUUAUGUCGAGAGCUUGGAGAACAGGCUGGAGAAGAUGGAAUCGCUCUUGAAUCAGUUGUGUCCCAAUGCCGAUUUCAGCAAAGAACUCGGCGCCCCGAUCGACAAGGAGAGCUGGGCUCGCGACCGACAGUCUGAACACCGACAUUCUAUGUCUUCGCGAUCUGGUGUCUCUUCGAUGACAUUCGGCUCGGGUUCAGGGACGACUCCCGUCCACAAAGUUAACGUUGAACAUCUUACAUCCGACGAGGAGGACGCGCUCCAGAUCGACGAGGUCAACAAGAAGAUGGCCAAUCUCUCUGUGGGCUACCGGUUCUUUGGCAAAUCCUCCGGCGUGCGACUCGUCAAAACGGCACUUGACUUCAAGUCCGAAUAUUCUGGCAGGGUCGUCGACGAACGCGACUUCCAGCGCGGCCAGAGGGACGAAUUUUGGACCGUACAUCCGUGGGAGGUUCUAUGUCUGGACAACCACGAAUUCGCUGGAAUGCACCACCUUCCACCACCGGAUCUUCUCGAGUCCCUCAUCGACCUCUACUUUGAGCACUCGAACUUGGUCUACCCGUUACUGCACAGACCUACGUUCGACAGAUUACGUGCAGAAAGCUUGCAGUUCAGCGAUGACUCCUUCAGCAGUGUUUUGCUCCUUGUGUGCGCUAUCGGCUCUCGCUGGUCUACGGAUACUCGGGUACGGCUGGACGACACGACUAUGUGGUCGUCUGCGGGCUGGAAAUACUUCCAGCAAGUGCGAAUGGCGCGCAAGUCUUUCCUCGUCCCUCCAUCACUGUACGACGUCCAGAUCUUUGCCCUGGGAUGCCUCUUCUUGAGCGGCUGCUCCGCCCCACAAGUCUGCUGGACGAUGUGUGGUGUGGGUAUACGUUUCGCGGAGGAUGUGGGUGCGCACCGGCGGAAGGUGUACAGCUCUACCCCACGGGUCGAGGAUGAGUUAUGGAAGCGUGCUUUCUGGGUUCUUGUCGUCGUCGACAGGUGGAUGAGCGCGUCGUUAGGCCGCCCAUGCUCGAUCCAAGAAGAAGACUUCGACCUGGAUCUCCCCGUGGACGUCGACGACGAGUACUGGGAGAACUCGGACCCCGCCUUGGCCUUUCAGCAGCCGCCCAAUAAGCCGUCGAAGAUUGCGUACUUCAUUGCCUCCAUCCGACUGAACCAGAUUGUUGGCUUUGCCCUACGAACCAUAUACUCUAUCAACAAGAGUAAGGCUCUUCUGGGCUUUGUCGGCGCGGAGUGGGAGCAAAGAAUUGUGGCGGAACUCGACUCGACGCUCAACAAGUGGGUCGACGGGGUGCCCGGUCAUCUCCGCUGGUCUCCAUCUCCGGAACACGCGCCCUUUUUCGUGCAAUCCGCGGUACUCUACUCGCAGUAUUAUCAGCUGCAAAUCAUGGUGCACCGCCCGUUCAUCCCCACAGCGCAGAAGCCCAGCAAGCUGUCUUUCCCGUCCCUCGCGAUCUGCACGAAUGCCGCCCGCGCUAUCAGCCACAUUGCGGAUGCCGCCCGGAAGCACUUCCCUGGGCGCGCAUUCCCUGAUCUACAGAUGCCGUCAUUCACCGCUGCCAUCGUCCUUUUGCUCCAUAUAUGGGGUCACCGGCGGGCAGGUCAAACUUCGUCGGGCAUGGACUACACGCAAGAGAUGCAGAGCGUGGAGAAAUGCAUGAACGUCUUGAAGGAUACGGAAAAGCGAUGGCAUACUGCAGGACGUCUCUGGGACACCAUACCGAAACAGCAGCCUUCGCCCUUCAUGUUCGAGCCUCUCCCCAUGAACACGGACGAGCUUGGGCGUAUGGCUGCUCCCGGUCAAUGGGGCGGACCCCUAUUCCCUACACAACCUGCCGCCAGUCAAUUCGAUCAGAGCCUUGGCGCAGUACCCGGCAGUAACGGCCUCGUUCCCGGGGGCGUUGGUGUUGGUGUGGAUCCUGCCGCACAAAACAUGAACGUCGGUGGGUUGGGUGGCCCGUCGCAGAUGAACAUGUUCGACGCGUUGCUUGCGGGAAUGCCGACUGGGAUGGGAGCGGACGUUGCGAUGGACCCGAUGGCCGGAACUGGGAUGAAUAGUAUGAACAUGGAUAUGUGGAGUAAUAUGCCGACUGGAUACGGGUUCGACGACUGGGGCUCGUACAUCAGUAAUAUGGCUGGACAGCCGCAGCAGACGCCGGGCCAGGAAAUGCCGGGUCAAGGUCAGUCCAUGCCUCGCUGA